CGCGCCCUGCCAGCCCCGCCGCCCCCAGGCAGCGCGCGCACAGCCGCCCGCCGCUCCCGGGUCUGUCCGGUCACACGCACGCUGCCCCUCGCUGCCUCCCCCCCCCCCCCGCUGCGGCCGCGGCGCCUCUCCCGCGGCGGCGGGCGCGCAGGAUGCCGGCCGACCUGAUGGAGAAGAGCAGCGCCUCGCCGGUGGCCGCCACCCCCGCCAGCGUCAACGCGACGCCCGAUAAGCCGAAGACGGCGGCAGAGCACAGGAAGUCCUCUAAGCCCAUCAUGGAGAAGCGGCGGCGGGCGCGCAUCAAUGAGAGCCUGGGACAGCUGAAGACGCUCAUCCUGGAUGCGCUGAAGAAGGAUAGCUCGCGGCACUCCAAGCUGGAGAAGGCCGACAUUCUGGAGAUGACUGUCAAGCACCUGCGGAGCCUCCAGCGAGCCCAGAUGACCGCUGCUCUGAGCACAGACCCAACAGUGCUGGGCAAGUACCGUGCUGGCUUCAGCGAGUGCAUGAACGAGGUGACACGGUUCCUCUCCACCUGUGAGGGUGUCAACACGGAGGUGCGCACCCGGCUCCUGGGCCACCUGGCCAGCUGCAUGACCCAGAUCAACGCCAUGAACUACCCUGCACCCCCACCACCGCCACCGCUGCCACCAGCCGCAGCCUUUGGGCCACCCCUGGUGCCACCGGGCAGUGCUGCAGGGCCGCUCCCGGGCAUCCCUUGCAAGGCAGGUGCUGAUGCAGCCAAGGUGUACAGCGGCUUCCAGAUGCUGCCAGCCUCGGAUGGGCAAUUCGCCUUCAUCAUCCCCAGCGCUGCCUUUGCUCCCGGUGGAGCUGUGCUGCCCCUGUAUGGUGGUCCACCCUCGGCUGCCACCGCUGCCUCGCCGCCUGGCCCGCCACCCGGCACAGCCGACUCUGUCUGGAGACCCUGGUGAGGGUGGUGGGCACUGGACUGGACUGAGCACUGCACCCUGUGCUGCUGGCACGGCUGUACAUAGGUUAUAUGUUCAUAUUGGAUUGUGCCUUUGUACCAUA